AUGGCCAAUUCUCGGGAUGAUAUGCUCAGCUUGCUGGAGCAGCACAAGCGGCUUAUUCGUCAGCGCACGGUCGACCCUGCUACGCUAAGUGCAAAGAGUUUGCCUUACAACGUUGACCUCAGCUCCGCGCGUAACCCUCAUAGUAAAAACAGUGCUUCGCAGCGGCAAUCUUCUCUGAAUCCCAACAUGCUCCACGCCAGUGAGAACAUACGGGCGUUUUUGGAGCACUACUACCGCAUGUUUUAUGUGUUUGCGGAGGAUAGCAGUCGCCUUGAGAUGGAGCUCACCACGGAUCUCUCCGGACAAGACCGCCGGGCGCUGCAUGCCUUGGCGGAGGCUUGUAACUUGGCGCACCAUUCGAGCGAAAGCGCCACCACGCAUCAGCGCACCUUAACCAUCAAGAAGGAUGUGUUGUUCUUUAAGCACAAAAAUGCCUACCGGGAUGUCGACGUCGAGGCGCUUGCGGCGAAGAUUACCUCGAAGGACUCCAAGUUUGACCUUCGCCGCGUCCGUGGAGUGGACCCUAGCCGGCGGGAGAUCGGGGAGGUAGGCGGCUACGACGACGACGAGGCCCUCGAGAAGAUUUUGCGUUUCAAACGCUUCACCGAUGAGUACCGCCACGCGGUGGAUAUGGGGUAUUCCCAGGAGGAAGCCAUCGCGAUGGGCCCUGGUGGGGAGGGGGCGCGCCUGGAGGAGAUCCUCCGCCGCCCCGCUCCCGAUGCGGAGGGCAGCGAGAGCGAUCCUGCCAGCCUCCUUUCGAAGGAUUCUGUGAAGGAUCGGCUGGCGUUACCGGCGUCGCCAUUUUCGACGGGAUCGCGUGCAGAAGAGGGUCGACCUCCUCCACCGCCAACUCGGGAUUUCCCCCCCCCCACACCUCUGCGAAGGCCUUUUCGGAGCACUGUCGUGGUUGUGGCUCCGAGGGUAUCGUGGACUACCCGAUUGAGGAAUGGAGCUGUCAGAAGUACUGCGCGUGCUGUGCGCGGGAUACGAUUUGGAGUUUGUCCGAGGUGA